GACGGGUGAGAGUGGAAGCGCGGAAGUCCAAAUUGGAUUUGUACACACAGCCUUACUUACCCAUCCCGCCCAUCCCAUCCACCCCCCAUCCCAACUCCCCAUCACACUAAGGCGCAGACCCAGAGGAGACAUUCCACCGCCGAAACAAACCUAUCCUCUUGAUUGAAAUUGCACCUAACGCUGGUGGGUACUUCACAUUUGCAAUUAUACCCCUUUGAGCAUCGUGUGCCGCGCGCCACGAUUGUGCUAGUACCAGAUGCCCCUGGGAUUCACUCGGCACAGUAAUCGUUCGCAGCAGCUGGCUCCUCUCCCUCAGCAGCAACAACAGCAGCAGCAAGCUCAUCUACAGCAGCAGCAACUUCUCCAGCAACAGCAGCUCCAACAGCUCCAACAGCAGCAGCAGCAGCAGCAGCAGCACAUCCCGCAGCAACCUCCCACCCCCCUCGCAUCAGCGCCCGAGAACAAAGGUUAUGACCCGGGCGUAGUCGCUCAGCCUCAACCACAACAAAUUCAACAACAACAACAACAGCCAUACCCCAACUCAGCCGACGACGUGGCCUCCUACCAAGCGCCCCCAGCGGAUCAGCAAAGCGGCGGCAACGCGUAUCAUGAACUGACAGCCCACCCGAGCGCCGCGCCAACCCGAUCCCGCUCCCACCGCUUCUCGACAUCUUACCUGCAUAUCACCAGCCCGUCGGCGCAGCAGCAGCAGCAGCAAGUUUCCCCACAAAACAGCGGAGACCCUGCGUCCUUUGCUGCCCCUAGCGACACAGCUGCAAACGCAAAGGGCCCCGCGCCGGGCGAAUUAAAGAAAUCGUCUACCGCUGGACCAGCCGCCCCUGUCCUGGUCCCGGAACCGCACAAGAAGUCGAAGUCUCGCAACUUCUUUGGCCAGUUCUCGUCAAAGUCGCAUCGCGAGUCGAGUAGUAGUAGUAGCAGUCGCCAACAGCAGCAAGCCCCGCCCGCUGCGACGCUCAAGGGUCCUGCUGUCGGCCGCAAGAUCUCUAGGAAGAAUAGCGAUUCGCUGCCCCAAACGCCGCAGCAGCAGCAGAAUAAUUCGGUUGAGAGACUACAGCAGCAGAACGGGUGGCAGCAGUCGAACCACAGCUCAAACAACUUACCAUCGCCGCAAGAGCAGCAGCAAGACGACGGUCUAGACCCCUACCUGGUCCGGGACAAGGAGGCCAAGCACCAGGCCUCAGCGUAUGAUCCACGCCUCGGACUCACAGUUCGUGUAGUCGCAGACGGUCAAGGCCAAGUCGCGCCCCAGCAGUACCACCAGUUCCAGGAACAACAAGUCCACAGCCCGCAGCAAUACAGCCCGCAACAGUAUCAGCUAGCGCAGCAGCACAGCGCCCCUAUUGUCGAAGACCCCUCGAUAGACUACAGCAACCAGGCACUGCAGCAGCCCGGGCAAUACCAGCAGCAGCACGCGCAGCAGCAGAGCCUCGGCAGCUUCGUCUCCAACCAGCAGUACCGCAACCCGGAGGUCAUCUCGCAGCUCUCCCACGACUCCCCAUUAGACCCAAACGAGGAGCAGCGCCCGCCCUCCGUCCAGAGCUCCCAGGGCUAUACCGCUCAGCAGCAGUACCCCUCUCGCACCGCCUCAGCCAACCAGGACCCACCGCGACUAACGCACCAGUCCUCGUCUAACAUCAUGGCGCCCCCAGCCGCGCAAGGCUCGCAGAGCCGCAAGUCCACCGACAAGAGCUUGCAGCAGCAGGGUGACAACCGCGCGCCGCCCCUGGGCUACACACAAGGAGGCCAGUUCCCGCCGCCAAAUCAGACCCCAACUACCGCGCAGAGCCCGCUACCGCCUAUCCCAAACCCCCAGCAACAGCAGCAGCAACAGCAGCCGCCGACUAACUACCGCAACUCGCAGCUACGCGGGGAGUACGGGCCCGACGGGCGCAGCACGCCGCCGUUGCAGGAGACCCGCGAGCCGACCGAGAUGGAUAGGCUGUUCACCAAGUACAAGAAAGUCAAAGGCCUCUACUUCGACAAGCAAGCCCAAGUCGAGCAACUCCAAAACACCCUCGCCAACCAACGCCUCUCGCAAUCCAAAACCUCCCUCGACGACAGCGAGUACAUCACGCGCUUCCAGCGCCUCGACGGCGCCAUCAAAGAAGUCGCCUUCUCCAUCCGCAAAGACUGGAAAGCCCUCCCCCACUGGCUCGUCCCCUUCGUCAACCCCUCCGCCCUACAGACCGGGACCAAGGAAAUGACCGCCGUCGGCCGCGCCACCAUCGCGCGCUGGCUCAACGACGAGAUCUUCGGAAAGUGCUUCCACCCCGCCCUCGACCUGGGGUUUUCCGCGGAAUUGAAGCGGGUGGAGCAGAAUGUCCGGUUCUUCGCGGCCCCGCCACCGAACCAGGAUGAGGCUGAUGCGCUGACGGCGAAGAUCACGCAGUGGCGAUUGACGACUAUGGAGGGGCUCGCGUACCGGCUGAAUUCUCCGCAUGCGGCGCAGGCGAAGGCAGAUUUCAUACAGAUGGCUGUUUCGAAUCUGACGGCGCAUUUGAUGAAUCACCUCCGUGAUGCGGCGGACCACGGGUUCCAGGGGAACGCUACGAGUAUCAUCGAACUUGCUGUUGGGAUCGCGAGUCAUUUGCCGUGCGAGAGUAGGGAUAUCGCCAUCUGCUACCCCCUCCCUGGGGACCUGGUAGCGCCGUAUAUGAAGCUCGAACCCGCGCUCCCGCCGCUGGAGGUGGAUUUCAAGGCUGAGGAUGGGGAGGGGGGCAAAGAAGCUAAGGAGGAGGAAGGGGGGAAAGAGGGGAAGGGGAAGAAGGACGCAAAGGCGUUGAAGAAACUAGCUCCUGGCGCCGCUGCUGCUGCUGCUGCUGCUGCGGCGGCGGCAGCAGCAGCAGAGCCGGAGAUCAAGGAGGGCGCGAAUUGUAUCCGGUUUGCGGGCUUUAUGGGCGUGGAGGUUAGGGGGAGGCAGUGGUUGUAUAACCCGCCUGUGUGGACGAUUUCUUAGCUUUUUUAGCCUGUCUUUUUUUGUGUGUGUGUGACGGUUGUUUUAAGGGGUUGCUGCUGGCUGUCUAUACGUAGAUGGGACAAUGGGGGGGGGUUAUAUGAAAAGGGGGGAGUGGUAUUUGGUGUAAUAUAUGGAGGGUGGAGAUACGCAAAUAUAAGACGAGAGGAGAUAGUUUAUACGAGGUUAUGAUCGCGUUCCUCUCCCCUUUCCCCCUCCCCCUUCCCCCCUUUUUCCCCUUCACGCCCUUAUCCCUCCUCUCUUCUCCCCUCACACUCACACCCUCCUAAAAUAACACGUACAAAUACUCUGCCCCUCC